AUAAGAGGAAAAAAGGGAAGCCCUGGCCAUGGCCCGGACCAAGUGGAGGAGAUAGGAAGGGUAUAUUCGAGACAUGAUUUAGAGCAAGAGUGGCAUAUUCAGUUGGAACCUUAGAGAAGGCAAAGACCGUUGGUUGUUGUUAACAUUGGAAAACCAAAGACAGCAUAGGCAAACAUGGCAUUGCCACCAUACCCUUGAAGGCUGCUGAAGCAAUACUUCAAAACAAGCAAUCCCCUUUCUCUUUCUCUCUCCCUUUUCUGCUUCCAAAGGAUUCAUCAAAUUCGCCAUCUAAUCCGCUCUCUUUCAUCUAUCAUACUCUUACAAGAACCAGUCUUUGCUUACUUUUUCUUUUCCUGUCUUCAAAAGAUCAAUCUUUUCCUUCUUUCUUUUUCAUCAAUAAGAUUUAAUAUUACACUUUCAAAAGAAGGAAAGAAUAUAUAUAUAUACGCACAUAUAUAUCCAAAAGAUAAAGAAAUGAUAGAUGAAAUCACUGCUACAUCAAGGGCUUUGAAUCAGAAUACUUCAACUUUAUUGUCUUCAUCUUCUUCAUCAAUGUCUUCUUCCGCCAUUUUUACAAACUACCCUCUCAUUUGUGCUUUCCUUGCCUUUGCUAUUGCCCAAUCUGCCAAGUUCUUCACCUCCUGGUAUAAGGAAAGACGAUGGGAUAUCAAGCAACUUGUUGGAUCUGGUGGGAUGCCUUCAUCCCAUUCUGCUACGGUUGCUGCUCUUGCUACAGCUAUUGGAUUCCAAGAAGGCUUUGGAGGAGCACUAUUUGCAACUGCAUUGAUCUUAGCAUGCAUUGUAAUGUAUGAUGCAACUGGAGUGAGAUUACAGGCUGGAAGGCAGGCAGAGGUCCUGAAUCAAAUUGUCUAUGAAUUGCCCGCUGAACAUCCUCUGGCUGAGAGCAGACCAUUACGUGAACUUCUUGGUCACACCCCUCCCCAGGUUAUUGCUGGUGGAUUGCUGGGUGUUAUUACAGCAGUUGUUGGCCAUGUAAUUACCCUGGCUAUUAGUUAAAGUUGAUGCUCCUGUAGAUCAUAGAUAUCAUUGGACGAUAGCUUUGAUGGUUGAACUUCGACUACCACACAGAAGAACUGCAACUUGAAGACCUUUGCCCUCAGGGUAGAUUUCUCAGAUUUGAAUGCUAAGUUUCAGAUGUCUAUAAUGGCAAGUUGUUACUUUGGAAUUUGGACUGCCUUCAAUUCAUUUGAAGCAGUAACAUCUUAAUUUUUAAUUGAUUUAUGCCUCUUGUAAUGAAAAAGUCAUGAUAAUAGGAUGAUACAUGUAAAUGGAACCCUGGGAAUUGGUCAAUCUGAUCAAAUGUAAAAUUGUUUCUAUGAUUCUUGCAUCAGUCAUGGGCUUCUAUCACUGGCCUUUGUAUUCCUUACAAAUUUUUAGCAAGGAUAUUUUUACUCAAAUCAAUUGUUGAUUUGGGACCUGUGGUUCAAUUUUACAUUGGUGAGCAAUGGAAGUGGAAAACAGAAAUCAAAAGCUUCUACUGUUUUAAA